AUGAGAAGCUUUGUAGAUGAUACUGAUGAGUUGUGCAUUAUUUCUGAUAGUCAUCCAAGUAUUCGAAAGAUGAUUUCGACUAUCUACCCUGCAUCUCAUUAUGGUUGUUGCAUGAGACACCUUGGGGAAAAUAUUCGAAAUAACUUUCACAAUUCAAAGGAAGUGAUCCAUUUUUAUAAAGCAGCAAAGGCAUACGAUAGAUGUGAGUUCAAUGACCAUUUCAAUCAAAUAAGAGAUUUGGUACCAACGGCGGCCGAAACUCUUGAAAGUAUUGGAUUCCACACAUGGAGCAGGGCAUUUUGCCCGGGAAAUAGAUGUAACAUUAUGACGUCAAACAUCACAGAGUCGGUGAAUUCUACGUUUGAUGUUGAAAGAGAAUUUCCCAUUGUCGCUCUAUUUGAUGAAAUAAACAGGAGAUUUGCACUUUUAUUUCACCAGAGGCAUAUGGAGUUGGUGAUCUCUGCAAAUAGAUUUGUUCCUUCAAUUGAAAAAGACAUAUCAAAGUAUGUCAACGCGGGCAACAAGUUGUUGGCUCAUCAAAUCGAUAACUACAAGUUCAGUGUCACUGGUCAUGGUGAUGUUGCUACAGUGGAUCUACGAAGAAGAACUUGUACUUGUAGAUUUUUUGACUUGGACAAAAUACCUUGUCCAUAUGCCUUGGCAGCACUUCAAGCCCAAUAUGGUGCCGAUUUUGGAAAUUUAUGA